AUGUCCACUCAUUGGUUUCACCGCAAUUUACUCAAAGCAACUGGUGUUGUCCCUUUCGACCAUCGAACAUCACCCUCAUCCACAGAUGCUAUGCAAAUAUGCAAUCAAUUACGUCGAUUACGCCAAGACUUAUUAUCAGCGCUGUGUGACCCAUCGUUAGAUUCCACUCUUGUACGAGAUUUAUUCGACCAAUAUAUAUCACUUAUAUUAGGGUUUAUUAUUUCACCAGAUGGCAGUUCAGAUGAUAGUAAGCUACGUUACACGACAAAAUUUUAUUACAGUGAUUCUUUAACGGGUACUGAAAUUAUUACUGAUGUACAAGAUGCCCAAUAUGAGCUGUGUUGUAUGAUGAUAAAUAUGGCUUUAUGGUAUCAAAAGCACGCCGCUUUCAUUGCAGCAAAAAGCACACUACCGAAUGAUAAAGAUGCACUGGAUAUACAUAAAUCAUUAAGAAUGUCUGCCGGUAUAUUCAAGCAUGUUUUGGAUGUUGAAUUACGAAAACUGACAAAUGUCAAACUUCCACCGUGUUCUGACUUAAACGAGAAAAUUCUUGGAGCAUACUCUUAUCAAUCACUUGCUGAGUUUCACGAAGUCACUGUCGCACGAGCGAUGAAUUUAAAACAGGAUAAUGCACUUAUAUCAAGUAUUGCAAAUCAGAUAUCGCAAUAUUUUGAUAUUGGAGGACAACAACUAACAACUUUCGAUGAUAAAAUCGCCGGUAAAUGGAGAAUGUAUUUUCAAUUAAAAGCUAAAUUUUAUCUUGCUGAGGCUCGUGCUUAUCAGGCUCUAAGUUUAUUGGAUAAAAACGAUGGUGGUGCAGCCCUCAAAGCUGUUGAAGAAGCCUUCAAAGUUCAACAACAAGCUAACGCAUUUUGUGAAGAGUAUGCAAAAAAGAGUGCACUAGGCACUCAAGCUAUACCAAAACGGCAUCCAUUCUUUCUUCAACUCGAUUCGAUGAUUAGACGCAUAAAAAGUACAACAGAAUUUGAAAAUACACUAAUACACCACAAGAAAAUUGCUGAUGAAUGUCCACCGCUUGAACCAGGCACUCAUGGCAUCUUACCACCAGAAGAAUAUGUGAUACCAAAACUGAAUAGUUUGUUUUCCGCUGAUGCUUAUCGUGCAUUCGAUAUCGGAAAAAAUGCUGGUAAACCGUUAAAAGAAGAUAAAAAGGCUCGUGAAGUCAAAGAAAUGAAAGAAAUACCUAUACCACAAGGUCAUGCUGAUCCGAAUCAAGGCGGUUCAUGUAUAAUAGCUUAG